ACGCAUCUAUUUCUCCAUCUCUGAAGAAACCACCGACGAUAUAAAAAUAGCAAAGAAAAAACCGGUUGCUUUGAUCAGCCAGAGGCGUGGAGGUAGAGAAAGCCAUGGCUCCGACUUCUCGGACUGCUUCUCUCCUCCUCCUCCUCUUAACAUUCCUCUUCUCUUCAUCUUCUUCAGAGCUUCAGAGAAUUCUUCAUCCGGCGAAGAACGACGGCUCUCUGAGCCUUCUCGUCGUCGGAGACUGGGGAAGAAAAGGCCAAUUCAACCAGUCCCAAGUCGCAGAAAAGAUGGGAGAGAUUGGUGAGGAACUCGACAUCGAUUUUGUGAUAUCUACAGGAGAUAAUUUCUACGAGAAUGGAUUAACGGGAGUUGACGAUAAGGCGUUUGAGGAAUCCUUCACCAAUAUCUUCACGGCAAAGAGUUUACAGACGCAAUGGUUUUCAGUUCUGGGGAAUCAUGACUACAGAGGAGAUGUUCUGGCGCAGCUAAGCCCUGUUCUUCAGAACAUUGAUAGCAGAUGGCUCUGCUUGAGAUCUUUUGUUCUUGAUGCUGAAAUUGCUGAUUUCUUCUUUGUGGAUACGACGCCCUUUGUUGUGAAGUAUUGGACUGAACCAGAGAAUCAUCAUUAUGACUGGAGAGAAGUAUCUCCUCGGGAAGAAUAUAUUGAUAAUCUUCUGAAGGAUUUGGAUGAAGCAUUGAAAGAAUCGAGAGCGGCUUGGAAGUUUGUGGUUGGUCAUCAUACAAUGAGAAGUGUGAGCGAGCAUGGUGAUACAGAAGAGCUGCUGGAGAAUCUCCUCCCAAUUCUUAAGGAAAAUGGAGUUGAUCUUUACAUUAACGGGCAUGACCAUUGCCUGGAGCACAUUAGCAGCAGAGAUAGCUCGCUUCAUUACUUAACGAGCGGCGGCGGCUCGAAGGCAUGGAGGGGGACUUAUAUUCCAAAUGAUGACAAUUUGCAGUUCUUCUAUGAUGGCCAGGGUUUCAUGUCUAUGCAAAUUACUGAAACAAGUGCGAAGAUGGUGUUUUAUGAUGUCUUUGGCCAGCCCUUGCAUGAGCUGAACCUUGCCAAGCAGUUUCACAGUUACCUGUAAUUUGCUAGAUUUAAGUGUAUAUUAUAAUUGAACAAAUGGGGGAGGGAGAUUGCUAGGAAUUGAAA